GCGGUCCCGCCUUCCCCUCGUCAGCUCCUCCUCCUCUUUUCCCCGCCCUGUCCGGUUCCCUCUUUUGGUGGCGUGACCUAUUGGGGAGUCACAUGACCCGCGCGUCCAAGAUGGCGUCCUCCCUGCGGCCCGGAGAGCCCCUACGCCGCCUCCUGUCGGGCUCGGAGCUGCCGGAGGAGCUACGGGGCGAGCUGGAGGCGGCCCUGGCCGAGAGCGACCCUCGGCUGCCCUUCGCGCUCGUCCGGAGGCUCCACCGCGCCCUGCGAGAGGCCGGUUCUGAAAUGUACCUUCAUGAACUACUGGAAGGCAGUGAAAUCUUCCUUCCGGAAGUGAAAAAACCUCCCAGGAAUCCAGAAUUAGUGGCCAGGCUGGAAAAGAUCAAGGCUAGACUAGCCAACGAAGAGUACAAGCAGAUAACGAGAAACAUCACCUGCCAGGAACUGAACCGAUAUGGGACUUUGGCUGAUCUUGGAAGACAAGUCAGGUCCACCAAAGCCCUCCUGGUCAACAUAAUCAACUUUAUCAUCACCGUAGGAGCCACUUUCGUCUGUACGUAUUUGGGCAGCCAGUAUGUCUUCACAGAAAUGGCGGCGCGCAUCUUGUCUGCUGUCAUCGUGGCCUCGGUGGUGGGUUUGGCAGAGCUGUACGUGAUGGUGCGGGCCCUGGAAGGGGACCUGGGGGAGCCCUAGCCGAGGAGGCUUCCCCCGCUUGGGGUUGCAGAAGUCUUUCUCCACCUGUUUUGUUUUCCCCUCCCACUUGCCCCUCCGGAAAGUGGGAUCUGCACCCAGGGACCACCACACACCCCGACUUCCAAGAAGAGCCGUCAAGGAAAAAGGGAGCUCCUUCUACCCUGCAGCCAUCGGUUAUGGUGGACAAACAAACCUCUCUCCUCCUCUAAGACUGUUCUGCAGAAGGCAUGGCGUGGCCUCAGAUGUUUCAGAAAAGAAGCACCCCUUCCCUUCCCUUCCUUUCGACUCCCACGGAUCCUGUCUUGUCUUCUUUUUCUUCCUGACUUUGUCUCCACAUGGAUUUCCCUGCAGCCGUGGAAGCUGAAAAAGGACAGAUAUGUGGACAAAAAGCGCAUCUCCCUUUCCGACACGAUGUUUUUAGGUCACUCCUUGCUCCCUCUAGGGUGGGCUGGGCAUUUUCAUCACCCGGCUGUGCCUGGAGCCUCUUUUUGGCGUCCCCAAGAAACAACCUUCAUCUUGAAGGGUCUCACUUGCACGGUCAAGAGCCUGCAGUUUACCUAUGGUGCAGAAUCCUGCCCACCCCCACCAGCUGUAAAAACCUGCUUCUUCUGGUUUUCUGAAUCAUUCAGCUGUGCCAGCCGGCUUGUCUCCUCCUCGUUGGAUUGCAGGUAGAAAAACCGCUUCCCUACUAUGUGCAGUAAGCGGUCCGAUCCUGACAGGGGAAUAUUCUCCCUCCCUGCCCCCCCCCCAGAUGUAAGGAGCACCGGUAGGUCAUCAUCCCCACUACCACAUGUUGGGAACACCCUCAAAACAGAAAUUGGGGCAGGGGGACGACAGAAAGGGGAAACGUGCGUUUGUGAAACGACCACAUGGCGAGCUUGUUUGGAGGGCUCAGAUGUCAGGAAACAAAAUAAUGGCAUAGCCCACAUUAGCCCUUCCACCCUCCAUGUAUUUUCUCUGAAGUAAAUCCAAUUAAUUCAA